ACUAGUGUUUCUACCCAGGCAUUUGAGUCUGCUGGACAAGUCCCUUCAAAAUGGCGAACCACCUUCGCUUCGUCGCGCGAACAAUAAUGGUCCAAAAUGGAAAUGUGGACGCUGCUUACAAACUGCUACACAGGGUGUUGGUGGUGGAAGGGGUGAUAGAAACGGUGCGUCGCAAGCGUUACUACGAGAAGCCGUGUCGCCGCCGGCAACGGGAGAACUACGAGGCGUGCCGACGGAUCUACCACUCGGAGAUGGCCAGGAAGAUCUCCUUCCUCUCGCGGACCCACAGACCAGACCCCUGGUCUGGCUGCUAGACGAAGGAGAGGGCCUGGGGGCUGGGGUGGGAUGGGUACGGUAUGUGGGUUCUGUGCCAGGCUUGUGUAUCACCAUACCUGUACAGUAAGAGAAAGACUUUCAAAAUGUAGUAAGCCUUUAGCUGGUCAUCCAUCACCCCAUUUUCAAGUUGGACAUUUAAAAGUCGACAGUCUGGUCCUGGACAGCCGCUGGUUUUUGUUGUGACUCAGCACUUUGAUCAAUUAAAGCAGUUAAUUACACAGUUACCUCACCUGGUUUCUUGGGUCUGAAUAGGUUUCUGAUAUUAAGGCGAAAAACAAAAAUCAGCUCCUGGUCUACGCCAAUGAGACCUUGGCAGAACCUGGGCAGCUUUUCUAAAGGACGGUCUCCUGAUGCAGUAUGUUCAUAUGUUCAUGUUCGUCCUCCAACAUUCUCUGCACCUGCGGACACUGUUCAUCAGCGAUGAGGCCGAGCUGUCCUUGCCUGUGUCAUCUCUGUGUUUGGGUGUUACUUUGAUGAAGGAAGCAAAGGGGUUCCAACCCCCAUCCCUACAACCCUCCUGUACUGUCCAACGCAAUAUUCCGUCUCACUGCAGGAGAUGAUGAGAUUCCACUGUGGCUGAUGAAUAAAUGGUUUUGAAAUUA